UUUCACAUUUUGAUAUCAAGAUACGUAUGUACAUGUCGCAAAGUUAGAUGUUCCAUAUUUGGACUUGCAUAAAAAGAAAGGGAAACCUCGCCCAAAACCAAGAAGAAGAGCCCAAUAAUCUCAGUCUUCUCUGAUUCAUACACCAUCCAUAAUGUUGAUGUAUUUUACAUUACAACAAGAAAGAAAGGGUUGAGAGCGUAUAUACAGAUGUACAUGUACCAAAACCAACUAAACUCCACCAACUUAUGCAUAUAUAUAUGUGUACAUUACUAUUACAUACACUCUGGCAACACACCCACACUUUUUGGCAAGCCUUGUGUUAAAAUAAAUGUACCUACUUUACUUUUUCUCUAAGUUGGCACAACUUCCUCCGUGUGCCAUUUGCUAACUCUUUCGUAAAAAAAUAGUGUUCGGAAGAGGGGGCCCGAGUUAAAGACGUGAUUGUUGGCUUAUCGUGAAUGGACUAAUUCUGCUUCUUCUUGAAUUUGAAUUGAAUUGCAUAUAAGGAUUUCUCGAGUGUGAUUUAUCUGAGGGAAAGCAAUGCCAGGCAUCAACCUGGCCCUUGGAAGUAUGUUUUGCUCCAGAUGCGGUGACGGUUUCGAACCACAGGAUAAGAUUGUAAACUCCAAUGGGGAAUUGUGGCAUCCUGAUUGCUUUGUGUGUGCACAAUGCUUUCGGAGAUUCCCCGACGGAGUUUUCUACGAAUUUGAUGGGAGAAAGUAUUGCGAGCAUGACUUUCACGUGCUGUUUGCACCAUGCUGCCAGAAAUGCGGCGAAUUUAUUGUUGGAAGGGUCAUAAAAGCUAUGAAUGCAAGCUGGCACCCUAAAUGCUUCAGUUGUCAAAUGUGUGACAAAGAACUUGCAGAUUUAGGCUUUAUAAAAAAUCAAGGCCGUGCUCUUUGUCACGAUUGUAAUGCAAAAGUGAAAGCAGAAGGACUUGGAAAGUACGUCUGCCAAAAAUGCCAUGGAGUCAUUGAUGAUAAGCCUCUCCGUUUUAGGGGUGAAGUAUUUCAUCCUUAUCAUUUCAACUGUACUGCUUGUGGAGUUGAAUUGAACUCUGACGCUCGAGAAGUGAAAUCUCGCCCUGGAUAUGCAGCGAACGACAUGAAUCAAUUGUACUGUCUUCGAUGCCACGACAAAAUGGGAAUUCCUAUUUGUGGUGCGUGCCGACGCCCAAUUGAAGAACGAGUGGUCACCGCUCUUGGAAAACAUUGGCAUGUCGAACAUUUCGUUUGUGCAAAAUGUGAGAAGCCAUUCUUGGGUCAUCGGCAUUAUGAGAAGAAAGGUCUGGCAUAUUGCGAGACACACUACCAUCAGUUAUUUGGAAAUCUUUGCUUCAUUUGCAAUCAAGUUAUCACUGGAGAUGUUGUGACAGCUUUAAAUAAAGCAUGGUGCCAACACCAUUUCGCUUGCUCGGUUUGCGACCAACGGUUGAAUCCAAAAUCAAAAUUCUAUGAAUUUGACACGAAACCAGUUUGCAAGAAAUGCUAUGAAAAGUUUCCAGUGGAAUUGCGACGCCGGUUAAAGAAAAUGCAUGAGCAAGCCGCUCGUCGGACCGUUCCAUCUCCACAGCCAAAUCAGUAACAUAACAAAGUCCAUGCAAACUGCAGCAAAAUUAAUCUUUGCAUUUUAAAAUUGGCCAAUUUGGCCCACUUUCCCUUUACAUAUUGUGUUCAAACUGCCUAUUUCUGUCUGACUAUCCUCUGUCAAUCAAUGAAACCAGCUGCCUUUUAUAUGUGAAAUUGAUGUAUGAAACUAAUACACUAUUUUUUAAGUAUUUUAAGAUAAACAUCCUGUAGUAGUUUUACCGUAAGCAGAGCCGUACCGUGAAAUUUUCAGACCUGGUAUGAGCUUCAGUGCCGGGCCCUUCAUGUUCAAUAUAUUCGAUAUUACGUAAUCGUUUUCGCUCCAGAAUACUAAUAGUAUCUUGGAACGAAGUAAUAUUUUACCUAUUUAGAGCACACUAUUUUCCCAGAUCCACGGGAAAAUAGUGACAAUUAAAUUGUAAUUUUAAAUUGCUCACACACCAAAAUUACCCGAACCAUAAUUUACGUUUUCCUGCAGGACAACAUUCAUGAAUGUUCGUGUUUUCGGUUGUGGCAGAAUUUGUGAAUAUAUUUAAGCCAAAUCAGGGUUUUUCAAAGUGAUAAACUUUGACCCCAUUUCAAAAAUGAAAGAACAUUUUUGCACAUAAUUACAUUGAGUUUAAGAAACUUCCACAAUUCAAAAACUUUUGAUUUUUCGAAUUUUC